AUGAACAGAUUCAAGACCAAGAAGAAGGCGAAGGAGGAUACCUCGGCCCCGCGUCCUUCCCAAGAUUCAGAGUCAUUCGGAUUCAGAUUUCGAAAAGGCAAGAAGUCCCAAGAAGAACCCAAACAGGAGAUCAAUCUGGAAACAGCCCUUCCAUCCACCGAUGACUUUCGAACCAGUUUGCUCAUGUCCGGCCUGUCGGCGCGGUUCUCGAUGCUUCGCGAGCAGGAUGACCCAAAUACGAAGAUUGGCAAGGCCAGCGACGACAGUGUUCUCUUUCCGAAGAGGCAGUCUCGCUUGAUGGAUCUAGGAGGAUUUGGUGCUCUGGGGGAUAUCGCUGAGGUGGAAUCCAUUAAGGCGCCUUUUGCUCGGAUGGAUUCCUACUCGUCGGACGCCGACUCGAUUACUGGCAGCGUCAUGAGCAGAGCGAAACCAACUGAGGGUAACAACCUCUUUGGAGGCAGGCAAAAGGUCUACAAGAUUCCAGCUGGAGCUAAGAGUGGCGGUUUGGGAGGCCGGGUCCUCUACGACGACGAUGUCGGAUUGUCCGCAUUUCAGAAGUGGAAGAAGGAUGAGAGGGAGCGCCAGUUCUUGGACUACGACAACGAAGAGCUGUCCCGGCGCCCAUCCACUGAGGAGCCCGAGACCCGACCCGAGUCGCCAUUUUCCCAUACCUACAACCGUAAGCGCGAGACAUCGUCAACUACGUCAUCUGUCCCUUCGAUGGCUCGCAUCUCAACGGCCGCAACCUCGGUCGUCUCGCAACAACCUGGUUCAUCAGUGAAGGACUGGCCAUCUACGGCUCCAACGUCAGCAAGCUCAACACCCGCAUUGGAGAGAACCGUGACCAGGACCCGACGGCUAUACGAGACUGGCUUAAACCAUGAUCUCCAUGAACAGCAGUCGUCGGCACUGUCGCGCAUCGAUACUCUCACACGACAGCGCACCUUUGGUUCGCGGACACCUGAUCUCGCGCAGAACUCCCCAUCACCAACAGCUUUUGCAUUCACGGAGCGUUUUGGGAGCGAAAGACGCAUCCUGGCAAAGGCUAGUGCUCCUAAUCUGAGAUCUAUGAGCCCCACGGCAUCUCGUUCUUUGGCGGGUACCCCGGACCUCGGAAUCCGUGUUCCCAGUGUCGCUGAGGUCAGGCCGAACUAUGUUGGAUCACCACCUCUGAGCCCCCCAAUAAGCGAGAGCGAGGAGAUCUCGAGCCUGCCGAUCCAGCCCAAUGACCGGGGCAAGGCUACUGCCCUUGGUGUCUUCCAGAAGCCAUCCAUGCCUUAUGACGAGUCUCGAUUUGCUCAAAGGCAGUUGCAACUCCAACAGGGCCGGGAGACACCGACACAACGUUUCCGAGCCGAAUCCAACGCUUCACUUGGCACUGGAAGAUCCAUGUCAUCCUCUUCCGUGAACCGACAGCCAUAUGAACCAAGGACAGACGCCUUCGUCACCACGCAGCCGUCGCUAAAAGAAGAGGCCAACUCCUCAACAUUUUUCAACGAUGACGAUGCAGACGAGUCACCUGUCAUUCCGUCCCAGCCAACUCUGGCUCCCCACCCGGCGCCUCAGCGCCCAGCCGAUCGCGAUCAUCCAGCAUUCAGAGACCCGGCAAUACCAACACCACUCUCGAUUGCGUCCAAGGUCAGCGGCGAACCUUCUCCCAUUGCGGUGCUGCCUUCAGCUCUGGCUCCCCAAUCUGGUCACUCUCCUGCAGACUCUCCCACCUUAGGCCCAACAGCCGGGUCGACUGCGGGAUUGAGUGGCAUGGUGCGUCAACAUCUGAGAGCUGACAGUGGCGCAUCUUCCAUCUAUGGCGCUGUCCCAGGCACAGCUGGAUUUGAGUCUAAAUUCCCAGAAGACUCUGAAGGCAUGCACAGAUUGCCUGAAUUCGCCCCCAACUCCAAUCCCUGGGACGCUCAGAAUGGGGAUGACGACUGGAAUGCCUCUUCCUAUGAGCCCGAGUCCCGCGCAAUCAGGCGUCGUUCUGCAACAAUGCCUAGUGCCAAGAUCAGUGACAUUCAGCCAUCGUCGGUCUUCACAACGGAUGCCAACGAUGAAGACGAGUCCGACGAAUUUGCAAGCCAGCUCGCCGACGGGGCACGCAGAAUCCGACAGAGACUAACCACGUAUGUUGAUGACAGUCGUUCAUCUUCACCACAACGGGCAGCCGAAAACGUAGAAUCACCCCCUGCCCAAGCAUCAACGCGACAAAAUGCGCUGGGUCUUUUGAAGUCCAAGUCCAGUAGAGGCUCGAUCGUCGAUCGCCACCGAGAAACGGGCUCACAGUCCAAGGCCAUGAAGAUGCUGGGCAUCGCUGAAACCGGGCCAUCUGUAGUCCAGAGGAAGACUUCAUUUGAGCAUGCCUCGGAUUCGUCACCCAAUCGAGAUGAUAGUAACCAGCAGGCCAAGAGUGGAGCCAGCAGCGGUGAUGACAGCAAAGCCGAUGGUCCUGGAGAGCCGAGUGCUGGGCUUCGCGCCUUCCGACAAGCUAGGCGCGAAUUGCAGAGGCUCAAGGAGAUGGAGACUCAGCAACGACACCAUCAGGCCCCAACAGGACCGCUACCAGAACCUCGCGCGCCAAGACUGCCUCCUUCGGAAGAACGUCAACAUCGUCAACGACCUGAAGGCAGAGAUCAGAGACCGCCACCGGUUACCUAUCGACAGCGCGCUCCUAGCGAUGACUCGCAUGCGCCUGGCUCUCGGUCAGGCUCUCGGUCAGGCUCUCGAGAGCCCACACGCGCCGACCGAGACAGGAGUGGCUCCAACUCUAGUGGUGAACAGCUGAAUGGACGCCCACCGCUACGUAUGAGGAAUGGGUCAUCGCCUCCCGCAGACUUCGAACGCCCAUUCGCGCCAAAUGCAACGAACGGUCCCGUGGCUCGAUCACCUGGUCUGCCAGGCACCAACAUUCGACGUUCUCCAAUUAUGCCACCGCAAGGAUACCCGGGCUCGUCGCCAGCCAGAUUCAAUCAGAGCAACCUCUCAACCAACAACCUCCAUGUUCAAAACAACCGGGGCUAUGAGUCCGGUCAGCCGUCACCCAUCUCUCCUAUACCUUCUCCCUUUAUGGCGCCUAAUGGCCUCCCAUCCCCUCAACGCCCUCCUUUGGCCACCACCAAUUCCGAUGGGUCUGAGGUCCCAGGGCUGAGUGAUGCCAUGAAGCGACCAGUCAAAAAGCGGGAUAUCUCCGAGCCAACAUUUGUGAUGUCAACAUCGCGAGUUCCUACUGUGGAGUUGCCCCCAGAGGCCGCCACGAACAGGUCACGCAGUAACAGCCGUUCGAGGUCCAACAGCAAAACCGAGCCUUUCACCGCUCCUCCACUUCCGCCCAUCAAUCCGAGACGUCGUCAGGACGGCUCUCGGACAAGAACUGUCUUCGGCUCGCUAGUUGGGCGCAAGGGUGAGAUGGACGAGCCAAGCAAUGCGAGCGCACCGAACCUGCCGCUGGCACACCGAAACCCGUCACCUACCAAUGGCACCGACGAGGGACAUGGCCACUCCAACGGAGGUCAGGAACAGUAUAAGCCAGAGCGGCGGCGGCUCCGCCAGAUGCCCGACGAUGUCCAGCCCGUGGGUCCAAUGAUGCGAGUCCCAGCCCACAAUACACCUGCCUACAACAUCGGCCCUCCAGCAGCUAGAGCCGUCGUCACACCAAACCAAGGCCGUGGUAUGGGCCUGCCAGGAGGCAUGAUCUGA